GUGACGGCCUCGAGAUCCGCACGUCGCACGUUGCUGCUGCGCCGGAAUCAACAUCGAUCUGGGGGCUGCCUUCAUCCUUCAAUGCGCCAGUGCUUUCCCUAGUCUAGCCAUCUCGAUAUUUCUCCCCGCAUAGGCGGCAUUAGCAGGAUGGGGAAGUUAAUUCGCCUAGAGCUUUUCAAUUUCAAGUCCUACAAGGGCCACCAUACCCUUCUUUUCGGCGAUGCUUAUUUUACUUCCAUCAUUGGGCCGAAUGGCUCCGGAAAAUCAAAUUCAAUGGAUGCUAUCUCCUUUGUCCUGGGAAUCAAAUCGUCGCAUCUCCGUUCGACUCACCUUCGUGACCUCGUUUACCGCGGACGCGUUUUGCGCCACUCGAAAAUAAACGACGAUGGCUCGGCAUCAAAGGACGCGGAAGAACCCGAAGUAGACGGGACGCAACAUGACGGUGUGGCCGACGAACCGGCCGAAAGGAGCGAUCCCAAGACCGCCUGGGUCAUGGCUGUCUACGAAGAUGACGCCGGCGAAGAACAACACUGGAAACGCUCCAUCACGAGCCAAGGCGUGAGCGAAUAUCGUAUCAACAGCCGUGUUGUGACAGCACAGCAGUACAAUGAAGCCCUGGAAGCCGAAAACAUCCUUAUCAGAGCCCGCAACUUCCUCGUCUUUCAGGGUGACGUUGAAUCCAUCGCGUCCCAGUCUCCAAGGGACUUGACUCGAUUAAUAGAGCAGAUCUCAGGCAGUCUUGAAUACAAAGCCGAAUAUGAGAGGUUGAAACAAGAACAGGAGGAAGCUUCGGAAAACCUGAAUUACCAGUUGAACCGACGUAGAGGGAUUAACUCUGAAAUUAAGCAGUACCAGGAACAGAAGAGAGAAGCCGAUAAUUAUGCCAGAAAAGCCGAAGAGCGCGAUGAGGCUAUUGUAACGCACAUCUUGUGGAAACUUUUUCAUUUCCAGCGUCUAAUCCAGGAGUCAAGCGUCGAAAUACAAAAGCAUCAAGAUGAAUUGAAGGACUUCAGACGCGGCGUGGAAAAGUACGAGCGGAAAUUGGAAGACGCCAAAAAGAACCAUGCUCAAGUUGGGAGAGACGUAUCCAAAGUCGAGAAGUCUAUCAAACUGAAAGAGAGAGAAAUUGAGGAUACCGCGAACUCCCUGGUCCCUGUCGACGAAAAGAUCGAGAUUACCACGAAAAAAAUUGCGAGAUACACCUCUAGGAUUGCGGAAAUCGCCAAAGAAUCCGAAUCUCAGUCGGCAACCGUAAAGCAGCUUGAAAAGGACCUCAAGAUUGUAGAAAAGGCUCAGUCUCAGUGGGAGAGAGAGUUACAGCAGGCUGCAAGCAUCAAGGGAGUGAAAUUGAGUGAUGCUGACCUUCAGGAGUACAAUAAGCUCAAGGAAGAAGUUAGCAAACGCUCAUCUGCGACACAGAUCAAGCUCGACAACAUGAAACGCCAGAAAAAGACCGAUUCCGAGACUGUUAACAGCUUAAAAAGCAACUUUGAGAGUUCUGAGUGGCAAGCCAAGAACCUUCAAUCCGAUAUAAACAAUAUUCUGGAGCGGAAAAGUAGCAUACUUGAGACCAUCGAGCUUACCAGCAAGGAUAUCGAUCAGAAAAAGAAGGAGCUGAACAACCUCACCUCAGAGCGUCUGAGAGCGGCACAGAUGCGAACAGAACUCGAAGAAAAGCUUCAAGUUGCUCUCAAGAAGUUAUUGGAAGCCGACAAUGGCCGUCAACAAAGUGAAAAGGAAUUACGUACCAAGGAAAUGAUCUCAACUUUGAAACGUAUCUUUCCUGGCGUCAAAGGCCGCAUCAGCGAGCUAUGUCAGCCCAAGCAGAAGAAGUAUGCGGAGGCAGUGAGCACCGUGUUGGGCCGCCAUUUUGAUGCUAUUGUUGUCGACAAUGAGAAGACUGCAAAAGAAUGUAUUCAGCACCUUCGUGACCAGAGGGCUGGGCAGGCAACUUUCAUUCCACUGGAGACCAUCCAGGUCAAGGCGCUUAAUUCAAACCUUAAAGGGCUACAUCGGGGAAUGCGCCCCGCGAUUGAGACCGUUGAUUACGACAACUCUGUCUCUAGAGCAAUAAUCUACGCCUGCGGAAAUGCUAUUGUAUGUGAUGAUUUGGACACUGCAAAGUAUCUGUGCUAUGAACGGGGUAUAGAGGCAAAAGCCGUGACGCUAGAUGGUACAGUGAUUCACAAGGGUGGUCUCAUGACAGGUGGUCGCGGUCCAUCGCAGAAGCAUUUUAAGCGCUGGGAAGAUACUGAAGUUUCAAACCUGCACAAGCUAAAGGACAAACUCAUGAGCGACCUGAGCAAUCUUCCAAAAUCACACCGCAAAGGAGCCGAGGAAGAGACUCUCCAAGGCCAGCUUGCCGGCUUAGAGCAACGCCUUGCGUACGCGCGUGAUGAACUACAAGCCCUUGAGAGGAAUUUACAAAGCAAGUCAAGCGAGCUGGACCACGCCAAACGUCAAGUAAAGAGCGUCCAGCCUAGAUAUCGGGAGAAAUUGAAUUCGCUCGAGGAGCUCGACAGAUCUAUCGAGGAACUUCAAGAGUCUGUUAGUGCUGUCGAAGAUGAGAUUUAUCGGAAGUUCUGUAGCCGUUUGAGAUAUAAAAAUAUCCGUGAAUACGAGCUGCAGCAAGGCGCUCUUCAACAAGAAGCCGCGCAAAAGAAGCUCGAGUUCGCAACUCAACGGAGCAAGAUUGAGAACCAGCUGAGCUUUGAAAAGCAGCGACUUCAGGCAACUGAAGACCGGAUAAAGGGCCUUCAAUCGCAAGAAAGCCGUGAUCAGGAUAUGAUCGAAGAGCUUCAGGGCGAGAGAGAAACAAUUCAAAAUCGUCGUGAUGAGCUAGAGGCAGAACUAGAUCUUCUCAAAGAAAAAUAUGAAGAGCAGAAAGCUCUCUUUGCCCAAUCAGCGGAGCACCUGAAUGAGCAGAGACGUGAAGCUACAAAGAGAAGCAAGAACGUCGAAGGUACUCUUAAGGCCAUCAGCGCUUUGGAGAGCGAUAUGCAGCGACACUCAUCGGAUAGAUACGCACUACUUCGACGAUGCAAAUUGGAGGAUGUUGACAUUCCCUUGGAAAAGGAUUCCGCCAAGUUGGACCAGCUUCCUAUCGAUGAUCUUGUUCAGACGGACCGCGAUGCAAUGGAGGUUGACGAAGAUAUUACAACAGGCACUACGCGACCUCCAGCUGUGCAGGACUACGGUAUAGAGGUAGAUUUUAGCAGCCUUGGAGAUACAUUAAAGGAACAAUCUGAUGAUAAACUCGAAGACGAACUGCAAGACCGAGUUCGGACCCUCAAUAGCGAACUAGACAAAAUGGCGCCAAACAUGCGUGCCAUGGAGCGCCUCGAAGGCACAGAAAACAAACUUCGCAGCAUUGAGAAAGACUUUGACGAGGCCCGUAAACGAGCUCGUCGAGCCAGAGAUGACUUUGAAGACGUAAUGCAGAAGCGUUCAGAGCUUUUCAAUAAGGCAUUUUCGCACAUCUCUGAACAGAUCGAGCCUAUUUACCGCGACCUGACCAAGACUGAAAGUUAUCCCAUGGGAGGUAAAGCAUACCUUGACAUCGAAGACUCCGAGGAGCCCUACCUCGAUGGCAUCAAAUACCAUGCCAUGCCCCCGCUCAAGCGCUUUCGAGAUAUGGAGCAUCUUUCCGGCGGAGAGAAAACCAUGGCGGCGCUCGCCCUUUUAUUCGCCAUCCAUUCUUACCAGCCCUCGCCCUUCUUCGUUCUUGACGAAGUCGAUGCUGCUCUAGACAAUACCAACGUGGCCCGCAUCGCGAAUUAUAUUCGCGACCAUGCAGCUCCGGGCAUGCAGUUUAUCGUUAUCAGUUUGAAGACGGGUUUGUUCCAGAAUAGCGAGGCAUUGGUGGGCAUUUACAGGGAUCAGGGUGCGAAUAGUAGUAAGACGCUGACUUUAGACCUUCGAAAAUAUCGCUGA